GGAGACUUAAAAUCGGCAAAUUUAUUGUGAGUUUCAUUGAAUUUUAGCGAGUAUUUAGUUCAUGUGCCCCAUAGAGGUAACUGCAAUAAUUAUAAUUGUGAAAAGUGGGUGUUAAAUGUAUUUAUUUAUUAAUAUAUUCAAUAAAGAACAUUUUGCAUGCGGCAAAAAUGCAAUUGCCGAGUGAAAUUGUAGAAACAAUAGUUGACUCAAUGUGCAUCUGUUGUAAAUACAAGAAAUCCAAGAAGUCUUCCUCAAGAAACUGUUGUGCCGUAUGUUGAAGAAUAUGUUUAAGGAACCAGCAAGAAUCCGUCCGGUGAAAAAUACACCAACUAAGAAGGUUCCUGAUAAAUCAUCCCGUACUACAUCUACAGAAAAAUCAACCUCCCAGCCGAGCGGCAGCUCCAUUUUCGAUUCGCUCAAACGAGUCCAUGGAGCGCUCUCCCCCUCUUCAAAACAUCGCUCGACCCAAAAACAAGAUGUGAAAAAAUCCAAAACGGGUACCGAAAUCAAAACUGUAGAUAAGGAUAGAGAUAAGGAUAAAAUCAAAGACAGAGAUAAAAUCAAAAGCAAAGAUAAGGAGAAAGAUACCGAGAAAGAAAAAAGAACUUGGUUCAGGAGUCCCUCAAAAGUUAAUCUUCGUAAAGAACCCAUAAAAUCGUCCACAUCGUCGUUGAACGUCGGUGCCGGAGCUCAGAAAGUGACGUCUUCUAGUGUCGAUUCGAAAAAGAAACGGCCGGUUACUGGUGUGUUUUCUGAUGCGAAUGUGACGUUUAGAAAAGGACAAAAUACGAAAAUAGAUGGUCAGAACAUAGGCGACAAUCUGUCCAGGGCUUCUUCGGUGACCAAUCUAGAUGCGGAGCCCAAGGUUGCGAAAGGUGCCAAGCCGAGGAAGAGUUCGUCAAGAGAUCGAAUAGACAAGAUUGGAGAAAGCAGAAAAAAUGAUAAGAAAGGAAUUACCCGUAACAACAAUCAACUAGAUUCUGGCGAGAAUCCUUACCAUUCAGUGGAUUCCCUUUCAGAAGAGGAGUUGUUACAUCUGAGAAAACAACUGCAAGAAAUGGCUCAGGAGAAGACUAAUUUGGCUCUUCAGUUAGGGGAGCAGAAGGGCCAGCUGAAUAUUUUACAAAAGGAAAUACAGAAGUUAAAGGAGGAAUCUAAUAUUCAACUGGAACAUUUAACAGAAGAGAACACAGCUCUUAGGAACAGGUUAAGAGAUGUCGCUCAUUCCCCGUUGUCUGAUAACGAAAAGCAACAGCUGUUAUUCGAUUCCCACAGACACCAUAGUUCUGCACCAGCUUCUAUAGCAACGAACAUAAUCGAUGAAGGUAAUGGUGCCGACACGACUUGUACCACUCCCGAUUGGGACAAGCAUUCUUCGAGCAACGUCAGCGAAGUUUCUGUUGCGUGCCUUCAGGACAAAAUAAAUCAAAUGCAAGAAACACAUUACAGGAUUCGAGAAUUUGGUGAUAUGUGUACGAACGAAGAACUGCAAGCGACACUUCAAGAACUAACAGAUCUUCAACGGCAGCUCACCGAACUACAACAAGAAAACGAACGCCUUAACGAAGAAAAGACACUUAUGUUCGACAGUCUAUGUCGUCAAACAGAAAGAUUAAACGAUUCGCGGUCAGAGGUUGAAUCUCUGAAGCAACUUUUAUAUCAAGAAAAGGACGACACUGGACAAUUCGAAACAGCUGUAGAACGAGAGCAAAAGUUGGUGGAUCUAUUAAAGUCAGCCCAAGAGGAGAGGGAGGGGUUGCUAGUGAAGUUAGAGCAACUAAACAAUGAACUACAAGAAGCUAGAUCGGGCAUUAUAGAUAAAGACGAACAAAUCGGCCAACUAAGAGAUAGAGUGAGAACUCUAGAGUGCACCUUGGACGCUAAGCAUGCCGAACACAAACAGUUGGAUCAAGAACUGGCUCAAGCUAAGGAUCAAUGUAGCGGAAAGCAAAUAGAAAUCAAUAGACUGACUGAUUUACUCGACAACGCCAGAACAAAGAUCAAUGAAUUGGAACAAGACCGAGCCCUCAGUGAUAAAUCGGAACUGGACGAACUACUGGAUAAUGCCAGAAAGGAAAAAGAUACUCUGGAGUCUGAAGUUGCUCAUUUGAAGGAGCAGCUAGCCAUUAGCAAAAAUGAAAUUGAAAAGCUAAGAGAGCAAGUAUCAAUUUUGCAAGAGGAGUGUAAGGUAACCCGAAAUAACGCAAAAACCACACAGUCUGAUUUGGAGUACAAAUGCGAGAAAUUGGUGAAGGAAAAGAAUGGGUUAAAUGAGCAAUUGCAAGAAUUCCAAGAUGCUUUGAACGAGUUACAGGUUCAAAGCCAGUGUCAACUUGAAGAUAAGAGGCAACUUUCAGCUGUAUUGUCUGAGACUCAGAGAAAUCUCAGCGAAGCGGAGAGGAAGAAUAUUAUAUUGGAAAGCGAAGUGGACGAACUGAAAAAACAAAGAGCUGAAGAGAAUGAAGAGUGGGAGAAAUUCCAAGACGACCUUCUGACUUCAGUUAGAGUUGCGAAUGAUUUCAAAACUGAAGCUCAACAAGAAUUGCAGCGUAUGAUCUUGGAAAAUAAACAAUAUAGAGACAGAGAAAGACAACUAAAAGCUGAAAUAGACAAACUAAAGGGUGGAACGUUAGAUUCAACCAACAAAGACAACUUAGAAAUGGAUCUGCUUAUAAAGCGGCCUAAUAGGCGCCGAGAUCGGCAGCGACAGAAUUCUGGAAAUGCUUCUUCCAGCUCAAAGUCAGAUAAAACAACGCCUCCACCGUCCCAAGCUAAUACUGUUCGAAGGAGAGAAAAUAGAUCGUUAAAGGCGAAACGAUUUAAGACACUGUCGGUGGAAGAAGAAAUGUUGCUGAAAUCACUCAACAGUUACCAUGCCGAUAUAGACAAAACAAUACCAGAUGAGUUUCUCACAGAGGAACAGAAAGUGAUAAGAAAACUAAAAAUUAUAUACGAAGAUGACUACUUAAAGGUUAAACCCGUGGCACCUAAACCAAAAAACCAGCUAGCAAUUAGUAAACCACUACUUGAUUCAGUUCUGACAAAUCCUAAGUUAAUGGCAAUCUUGAAAAAUCCAAAAGUAAAGACCGUAGAAGAUAUGGCGUCGUUUGAGAAGGAAGCCCCAGAAAUCAGACAUAUUAUUAGAGACAUAGAUAGAGCCGCGAGAGGCAAGAGCGAGGAUUAUACCAGAUCGGAAAAAAGAAUUUCUCUUAUUGGAAGGAGUAUGAGUAUGAAUCAAGUACAUGAGAUGGAAAACUUUAACAAAAAUUUAAGAUUGUAUAGGACAGUGGAAACUGAAGAUCUAACCGAAGAAAAUAGUCCUACUAUUGAACACCGAGUAUCAAGCUUGGUACCGAGCGAUUCAGCUUCAAACUUCAAUAAAAGAUACUCAGAUUUUUCUCUUGUAGUAAAAGAAAGUAUCCCAGAAAACAUAUUCAAUCAAAACGUUAAGUACUCAACUUUAGAAAGAAUUGUCAAGACAAUUCCUAAAAAUGUACCAGAAAGUAAAUUGAGCAACGAACAAAGAUUUGCUUUAAAAUUACUGUCUGCGUUAGAAGAAAGAAAGAACACGUUGAAAAAGAACGAUAAAGCCAAGGGUCUACCUAUCAGCAAACCAACAGAAGAAUCCGUCCUUAGAAACCCUAAGUUGAAAGAGAUUAUUUAUGAUCCAGAUAUAAAGGAGGUGAGAAGAAAGUCAGAAGGUUAUGCUUUUACUCCAAACGUAGAAGAGACUCUACGUCCAUAUAAAAGCUACGACAAUAUUAUGUUUACAUUCGACGAAAAACGACGAACAGUGAACAUGUAUAACACUCCCAGCGAAACAUCGUCUGAUACGUUUUCUAGUGCUGAAUUCAAUGUUGAUACCAGUGAAGUAGGUCCGUAUGAGUCUUUUUCUGGAUCUUGGCAACCACCUCCACCAACACCAAAACCUCCAAGAAAUGUAGAGUUUAUCACAUUUUCUAAGCAAACGUCUGUCGAGCAGAAAGGAAGUCCUCGUCCAAACAGUGUUGAAGUGCUUGUUACUAUACAUAAAGUAUCUUCAGACAAAGAAAUAAAUAAACCUGGUACAAUAUCGACGACUGAAUUAGAAGUAGACAAACGUAAGACCAAGGAAAGAUCACCAGACUUGGAUUCUUUAGUAUAUAAUGACACCAUCAAAAAGAAACCAAAAGGUAUCAAGGAAGACGACUUGAAAGUUGAUCUGCUUCAAGAUAAAAUUAAGAAAUUAACCAACCGCGAAAAAUUAGACCAAACUAGCAAGAAAAAUAUGUUAGAAUCGGAAACUUCUACAGAUAACUCUCAUAAAAUAGAUAAUAAUGUCAUUUACCCCCCACCUCUGCAUUUUGCUACAGUCGAAACUGUUGAUAUUGCUCCGAUUGAGACUUAUAAUUCACUAGAGUACAAUGAUACCUUUAAAAGAUCUUUUAAAAGAGGAAAAUCAUCCAGCGAAAAUGAAGCGGAUCGAAUGGAUACAGUAACAACAAGUGAUACAGAUGAAACAAUAAAGAACAUAACUGAAAAAUUUGAUACGAUCCAUAAACUGAUUCAAGAAGAUAAACAUUUCAUCGAUACAUCGACAGAGAAAGAACUAGAUAAAAAUAAAGACGAUAUUGGUCAUAUAGAAGAAAGCGUAUUACUGAGAGAUAAAUCUGAUGUAUUUAAAAAUACUACAGAUUUUGUAACUAGAGCGGAAGAUUUUAAUAGCACAGAAAUACAACAAAUGUCUGACGAUAUAUUAGACGGAGGAUCACCACACUCACCUGCCUACGAUUACCGUGAUAUACUGAAAGAAAAUAGGUUCGGAGUUACUUCACCCUUGAACUAUCGGAUGAGCUAUAAAGAUGUUGUGAAAGAAAUUAAAAACAGAUUCUCUGUUAACGAACAGGACUUCUCAAAUAAUAAAAAGAGCUCUGACGAAGCUGACCAUGGUUCGAGACCGGUAUCUGAAGAGGUUCAUAUAAGGCGUAGUAAGAGUAGUAUAGACAGGGAAAUGGAGCACAUUUUUGAACACUAUCUUAAAACUAGAGUAUCUCAGAUUAUCAAACAGACGGAAAGUAAAUCGCAAGUAGAUCCUAAACUUCAAUUAGAAGCGCCUAUCGCUACUCCAAUGCCAACUGUAAAGCCUGUCGAGGCAGAUUUAGAAGAACCACAAACCUUGGAAAUAAAACGUAUUUCCCUACUUUCUACAUCAUACAACUCGUCUGAAAAUAUAGCAGAUAACGAACCUGAAGACCAUUGUUCUUCAUCACAUGGACUACAGACACCAGAAGCCAAUAAAAGCAAUGAAAGUGAAAUUUUUGACUACUCUAAAUUGUCACCAAAAGAACUCACAUUCUCGGACGAUUCUUAUUUUGAACUUAAAGAUGGUAGUGCUAAACGUAUUGUAGCGUUCGAAGAUUCAGAAGAAAAUAAUAAAUUUGUUGAAUGUGCUCAAGAUAGCAGCACAAGAAAUAUUGCAGUUGAGGAGAAUGCUGCGCAGAUAGCCACAGUGACAGAUCACAAUACAGUACAAUCAAUUGAAAUAUCAGGGCAGCUUUCCAAAGCAAUUAGUGAUGUGUUUGAUGAACAUGAUAAAGAUGAUAGUUUGACUAAUGUAAAAACUGUACAAGAUAAAGAAAAGUUAACAAGUAAUCUAGAAGCCCAAACCGUAAAAAAUUCUGAUACGGAAUUAGAAAGUAAUAUUGGAGAACCUAUAACUAAUGCACUAAAUAAAAACUUAUCAGAUUCAUCAUCAGAACACAUAGUUGCUGAAGAUACUACAGAAAAAGUAACAAAUCGAGUACAAUCUGUAACUAUAUCACAUGAUAGUGUUGGACAGUUUGCUGAAUUAGUGGAAAAUGUUCCAGAUAUUAUUAACAUAAUUCAAAGAGAGUCUUUUGAUCCGAAAACAUACGACACUGCAUCCUCGAACGAAGUAGUUGUAGGUGACAUAGUUGAAAACAAAAAUAAAGCUUUAUCAGCAACAUAUACUGAUACAGAUAUCAAGUAUGUUCUACCUUUGGUGGCUAACUUUACAAUGAAUGAUGUUCAAACAGCAAAUUUAUCUACAGAUUUAACUAAUACAAGUAAUGAAGAAUCUUUAUCACAUAAUGAAGUUGUGGAUAUAAAGAGUGCCGAUAACCAACAUGGAGAAAUGCGUAAAGAUAUCGAUAACAAAAUCUUACCCAUUCCAGACUUUAAGAUAGGACUUUCAGGAGAAGAUUUUCCUCAUUCUACAGAUCAAUUUGAGCUGACCGAUGAAGAACUCAACAUUAUACGUCGAGCUAAAAAGCAAACGCUUUCCAGACCAGUAUCUGGACUCAAUGAUCAAGAUUUGGAGCUGAUUCAGUCCUUGUCACUCACUUACUUAAAUGAUGAAUCAGUAAAUACUUCCAAUAAAGGCAUUGAUAAUCAUAAGGCAAGUACAGAUGUAGAUACAGCUAAACAAAGUCCAGCAAUAAUUGAAGAUGACAAAGAAUUAUUAAUGACAACACAGGAUAAAGUUCCUCGGCUUAUUUCUGAUAUCAAUCAUGAUAAUGAUAAAGUAAAGUACACGUUAUCUUCUGAAACUAUGUCAAAAGAAAGGUCUCUUGCUACAGAUCAUCAAGUGAAGCUGAUUUCCAAAUCAGACGCCAGCAAUUUACUCGAAGACAAUAACAUCAGUCGGCCCAAGACUAAAACAUUACCAGUAACUAAGCCAGACGCAGCUGAUGACCUUGAAGCUUUCCUUGGUACCAUUGGCACAUCACGAAUCGUACCAGGACAUAACCAUAGCCAAGGCAGUCCAAGCAAAUCAAAGGCUGUACCAAUUAGUAAUCCCAAGGCCGCUGAUGAUCUAGAAUCUUUACUAGGUGCGAUUAGUACUUCAAGGGUGGUGAAAGGACAUAAGGAAAAGACACACCCGAUGCCGGGUUUAAGGAGUCGGCAUUUAUCACCUAGUCAGGAAGAUAAAAUCAGUCCAAGUAAACCAAAAGCUCUCCCAGUAACUAAGACAAGUGCAGCCGAUGACCUUGAAGCCUUACUGGGUACCAUUAGCAUUUCAAGGAAUAACGCAUCAAAGAAAAAGUUGAAUAAGACCGGAAUACAUACUGUUUCUUUAGAAAAUAUAGACGAAAAUAUAAAAAUGGAUAUUCCAUCGCCCGAUAAAAAGAUUUCCGUUGAGGUUGAUGCCCCUAAAGUGAUUGAGAAAGUAAAUGCAGUUAAGGAUACAGUUCAAGAUAAAACAGAUUUUGAAAAAUCUCGAAUAGUUGUUGAUAUCUCUUCCGAUAGCGGUACUAAUAAUGCUAAAGUAGACCUGAUUAGUACUGAGGCUACUAAGAACUCUCUAGAUUCUGACAAGCCUCAGAUAGUAAGUGAUCAAAUGGACCAAGAUAUUAAUAUUGAAGAUACGAAUAUAUGUACUAGGAUCCAGACAAAUGAAGAAAUUAAUCAAAAUGUACAAACAACUUCCCAAAAUGUUGUACAAAGUGGUGACGGAGAAUCAUAUAAUUACGAAGUCAAAUAUGCCUCUGAAACGUCUGGUGUAUUAGAGCCAAAUCAGUUCAAAAAUGUAAUAAAUGAAUCGGGCACUUUAGAAAAGAGAACAGAAAGACAUACCAUUUUAUUAAGAAAUAAAUAUAUCGAUAGAAAAGAAGUGAAAAGCUUAAGUUUGGAAAAAGACGGAGAUGUUUUGAGCAGCAAAGUUUCACAAACAGUACGGUCGAGACCAAGAUCAGAUAAUCUAACCGACAAACGUGUCAAAUCAUUCGCACAGCACUUUGAGCGUCUAUCAAAAGAAAGACCUAAGAAAGAACCAAUUUAUGCAAACAUAAAUAUUUCAAAAAAUCAACAUUUUAUGAUGUCACGACACUCUGAAUCUAUUGAGAAGAAACCUUUACCUGUCCCUCGUUCUAGAAAUCAUGUCGGCAAAGAUUUUGACAGUUUGAGUGACACGCGUUCAACUGACAGUCAUGAAGUAAUUAAAAAUAUGUCGGAGCAUAAAAAUUUUAGUGAAAGCGAAAGACCAUGUAUCGAGGAAGUUGCGAGUUCCGUGGCGACUGUUUUAAAAGUACAAGGCCUUCCCAUUAGUACCCAGUACUCUUCUGAAGAUAGUACACAAGAAAAACAAGAAUCUCAAAGUCAUAUUGAAACAAAUGUUAUAAUUGAUUCUACGAAAGAUGAAGGUAAUGCACAAUCUGCGGAAGUUGGAAAAGUUGAAACGCAGAAUCUGGAGAAGACUACGGAAAAACCGCAACUGUUGAGUUCUGUGGAGAAGGCACAGCUCUGGCUUUCUAUGGAAAAGCCACAGGAUCAACUGGAAGACAGCGGUGAAGCCUCAUCAUCAUAUUCUGUAAUAGCGGUAACCAGUACAGCAGAAAAAUUGGAUCUUACAAUACCAUCCGAAACUCACGUACAUCCGAUCCAUGAAUCCGACGCUUCAACGUUAAACCUCUUCAAUUUGGAAGGUAUGGACUCUGCCAGCAUUGACGGCACUGAUGUUGGUCUCUACAGAUCCACCACACAGGAAAUGAACAAGAAGAUCGGAUAUGAUGUAACCUACUUAGGAGAACUAAGCGACACGGAUAGCUAUGAAGAUCCCAAAUUCUUGCUAGGAGAUUCUCAAUCUAAGCCAAAAAUCGUAGAUUUUGUUCCUCUGGAUUACCAAACCCAAAACAUGUUUCCGAACAGUAGUAAUAUUCCCGAAUAUCAGACUUUAGAACGAGAGAAGGUUUAUCACGUGUUAAAUUCUGCCCCUAAAUCCAUGGUUAACAAACCAGAUAUUAAACAAGCAGAUGAUGUAGAGGUCAAACACAAAAAUGAAGACCAGUUGAUAGAAUCUGAACCACACAAAUUUCCUGAGAACCCGAUUCAAUCAGAAGGUUCUACCGGUCAAGAAAAAAGUAAAUCUGCAACUGAUCUGAACCCUAUUUUGUCUAAAAGUAAAACUAAAAUGGAUAUCCCAAAACGCAAUAUUCCUCUCAGCAGUACAACCCAAUCAAAAAGUAAAAUUGAUCUCCCAAAAGAACUCAAACCUAGUACCUUCUCGGCGGCCAAAAAGAUAUUCCAAGAACUAGAAGCAAAAAAUUCGCCUAAGCAUUCCUCGAAAGAUUCUGAAACUAUGAGGUCGAGUGUUAACGUUCCAUAUUCAGAAAAGUCUGAAGUGUCGCCUGCCGUCCAUUCCAGUAAUAAAGAAGAAUUAUCACCAGAAGAAAUUAAUAAAGAGAUAUAGUAUACAAAUUAUUUUUCAUUGUAUGUGUGAAGCUUAUUGAUAUUUUUUGUACAGUUUUGCAUGGAAAUAUAUUUUAUAGUUUAAUAACAAAAUUAUAUUAUAGUUCCUUCAAGGAA